GAUGUAGUCCAAUAGAUGACAGCUUUGUACAAAGAGAUCAACUCCAUCCCCCUUCGUUUCCAGCAAAGCAUCCCUCAGUGCGUUCGUGCGCUGGCGGGGAGAAAUGCGCGUUCUCGAUGGCUUUUGGAUUUCGAUUUUUACUGCUUAUUUUACAGCAGUUCCACCAGGAUUAUCUCUUUCUUAGUAUGUAUUUUGAAUCGUUUAUCAUGGUUCCUACUUUUAUUAGGAAACCAAUAUUUUGACAGGCCGGGCUGCAACCGGGGAACACAAAAGAGAAUGGGGUACCGUGAAUGGAGAUGGCAGGCUCUGUGGUGGCAUCAUUUCUUCCUUUUGUGGAGUACAACAAACGGACAGACUCGGUACAGCAUCCCCGAGGAACUUAAACAGGGAUCGGUGGUUGGAAAUGUAGCCAAAGAUCUGGGCUUGGGACUCUCUGAGAUUUUUGAUCGGAAAUUACGCGUCGCCUCCGAGGCCGGUGAGCAGUAUUUCAGCGUGGAUGCGGGGAGAGGAGAGCUGCUGGUGAACGACAGAAUAGACAGAGAGGCUUUGUGCGGACAAAGCGCCAGCUGUGUUUUACCUCUGCAAAUUGUGACAGAGAAUCCCUUGCAGCUGCACAGAAUCGAGGUGGAAAUAAAAGACAUUAAUGAUAAUAGUCCAGUUUUUUUAACAGAAGAGCGAUUUUUAAAGAUAGCUGAAUCCACAGCCACGGGAGUACGGUUUCCUUUAGACCCAGCAGAGGAUUUGGACGUUGGCAGUAAUUCAGUUAAAAUAUACACACUGAGUAAAAACGAGUGUUUUAGCCUGAAAAUGAAAGAGUUGUCAGGUGACCGCCAGGUUCCUGAACUGGUUUUAGACAAACCCCUCGAUAGAGAAAAACAGAGUGUCCAUCAUUUAUUACUGAUUGCUUCAGACGGAGGUAAUCCUGUUAAAACUGGAACCGCAAAAAUUACUGUAAGCGUGAUGGACAUCAAUGAUAAUGUUCCCGUGUUCAAAAUGCCUUUCUAUAACGUGACAGUUCCCGAAAACGGCGUCGUUGGUUCUGUGCUCCUCAGAGUUGAAGCCACGGACGCAGAUGACGGUGUAAACGGCGAGAUUGAAUAUGUAUUCGCGGAACACACUCCGCAGUCACUGCAGUCUGUCUUUAAAAUAAAUCAAGAAAAGGGGGAUAUUUCAUUAUUGGAACCUUUAGAUUAUGAAAAAGGCGCAAUUUAUGAAAUACGGAUAACUGCCAGAGACAAAGGAGUUCCUCAAAUGGAGGGCCACUGUCGAGUUCAAAUUAUGGUGAUGGAUAUUAAUGAUAAUGUGCCAGAAAUUGUAAUAACUUCGAAACCAAAUCCAGUGCAGGAAGAUUCACCAAAAGGCACAGUUGUGGCUUUAAUUAAUGCAAGAGACCAAGACUCUGGUAAUAAUGGCAAAGUAAAGCUAAAAAUCACUAACGGGUCUCCUUUUGCACUUAAGCCUUCUUUUUCUAAUAACUAUGCUCUUAUAACAAACGGUGCUUUAGACAGGGAGACAUUUUCAGAAUAUAACGUGGAAAUAACAGCAAUAGAUUCGGGCUCUCCUCCGCUUUCCAGCGUAAAAAUGAUCACCGUGAGCGUCACUGAUGUUAAUGACAAUCCUCCGGUUUUUACGCAGCGGUCUUAUAACGUGUAUUUAAAGGAGAACGGAGUUCCGGGUUCUAUUCUGUUCUCAGUAUCCGCAUCUGACCUGGAUUCAGGGGAAAACUCAAAGAUCUCUUACUCCAUUCUGGACUCGAAAGUCCAGGACGUGUCCGUGUCCUCCUAUGUUUACAUGAACUCAGAGAACGGCAGCAUCUACAGCAUGCACUCGUUUGACUAUGAGAAGCUGAAGGUGUUUGAGAUCCACGUUCAGGCAAAGGACCAGGGCUCUCCUUCUCUCAGCAGCAACGCUACUGUCCACGUCUUUAUCCUGGACCAGAACGAUAACGCGCCCGCCGUCAUUUACCCCUCCUCCGCUGCUCUGGGCUCCCUCUCUCAUCAGAGGAUGCCCCGCUCCGCCAAAGCGGGUCACCUGGUUACCAAGGUGACGGCGGUGGACGCUGACUCGGGCCAUAACGCCUGGAUCUCCUACAGACUGGCGGAGGCCACAGACGCCUCUCUGUUCACCGUCAGUCUGUACACAGGAGAGGUGAGGACUAAACGCGCUGUGUCCGAGCAGGACGACUCCUCUCAGAGGCUGAUCCUAGAGAUCAAAGACGACGGAGAGCCGCUCCAAUCCGCCACCGUCACGGUGUCCAUCCUGCUGGAGGACGCUCUCCACGAGCCCAUCUCAGAGCUGCGACACCACAAAGCGUCCGAGCCAAGCAAGAAAACGGGCAGAAUCACCCUUUAUUUGAUUCUGUCUCUGGCCUCGGUGUCCGUGCUGUCUCUGCUGACUUUUGUCAUCUUAGCGGUGAAAUGCAUGAGGAACAGCAGAAGCAGCGGCAGCUGCUGCUGCAUGAGACGCAGCGACUCGGAUGAUUACAAGAACCCCAACAGAAACCUGCAGAUUCAGCUCAACACCGAUGGACCUAUCAAGUACGUGGAGGUCCUGGGAGGAGACAUGAUGUCUCAGAGUCAGUCCUUCAGGUCCUGCAUGUCUCCCAUGUCAGAGUACAGUGAUUUCACUCUGAUUAAACCCAGCAGCACCACAGACUUUAAGGAGGUCAUCAGUGUGCUGGAUGCCUCUUUACCUGACAGCACAUGGACCUUUGAGAGUCAACAGCAAAAGCCCCCCAACAAUGAUUGGCGCUUUACCCAGGGACAGAGACCUGGACCCAGUGGUCCCCACAUGCCAUACGGUACACACAUAAGAUGGACGCCGAAAAAUGGGACAAGGGCGACUGGAGGACCUGAGGUUGCCAUGGGAACAGGACCUUGGCCCCAGCCCCCUACUGAGGCGGAGCAGCUUCAAGCCUUGAUGGCUGCUGCUAACGAAGUGAGUGAGGCUACGGCCACUCUCGGACCCGGCACCAUGGGCCUCAGCACCCGCUACAGCCCCCAGUUCACCCUGCAGCAUGUGCCCGACUACCGCCAGAACGUCUACAUCCCUGGCAGCACGGCCACCCUCACCUCCAACCCGCAGCAGCAGCAGCAGCAGGCCACAGCCCAGCAGGCCGCCCAACAGGCCCUGCCCCCGCCACAGGCCUCAGCCCAGUCCGAGCCCCCCAAGGCCGUCCAGACCCCUGCCUCCAAGAAGAAGUCCACCAAGAAGGAGAAGAAGUAAAGGUGGAUGGAGAUGUACAGGGUCAAGAUGAAGCUGGCCUGAUCUGAGAAAUUCAACCCCCCACACCCCACCUGCAGAUAUCUCACUGCUCUUCAGUCAGUAAUGACAGCCAAACAGCAAGUUCCUUUGACCACAUGGACCUUGCUGAUAGUUCUUUGAAAGUCUUCUCAGAGAAUCUUAAUGUGCUAAAGGAUGUUUAUGUUACUAACCCGUGCUGUGUUAAAGGUCUAGUAUUGUUCAUGUAUUCCUUGUGGCUUGAUAUUUUGGUAGGGUAUGGGGGGUUAUUUUCUUUUUCUUUUUUUUCUAACAUAAAAAAUAUAUAGAAAAAAAAAGAAAAAAAUUAAAAUACUAUGGACAAAGAGAUUUUAGUGUAAUGAACUUUGCUGGAUGGCAAGGCUGUAAGCAUACAUUUUUUUUGGAUAUUGUUUUCCUUAAAUGGAAAGUCAGCUUUUGCUAAAUGCUCUAGCCAUCAUUCAUAGCCCCCCCCCCCCUCCCUUUGCAGGGUUUUAAAGUCUGAGAUGGUGUUUGACAGUUAUUACAAACCUUUUCUGCAUGCUUACAAGGUUCAAACCACUCUGAAUAGUGCAAAGUUGCAAACUAUGCAUUGCAAAAGCAAUGUCCUCAGUCCAAUCGAAGGUCAAUAAAAUGCCCAUGUAGUAUUUGCUUGACCAAAAAUGAGAACUACUUUUGUAAUGAUAGCUAGAGAGAAAAAAAAUAACUAAGAAUCGAAGCUUCUGAUAUUUUUAUGACCUGAGCAUGCACCCAGAGGAAGGGCUGGCACAGCCAUGGGCGCUUCAGCUGCCGGGACUAGUUCCUUCCAGAUGGCAUGUCCUGCUGCCCUGCACCUGCUGCCCUCCCCUCCUCACACCUGCCUUGUGUCCUCCCUCCAUAAUGAGAGCCAAACUUGGAAAUGCACUGUUUGUUUUCUGAAGAUGAGACACUACUAGAGUUGCAAUCUCUCUAUUCUCUAGGGAAACGUGUAAAUGUGGUAAACUUAAGUGCUUAGGAGUUUCUAGACACCUUAUAAGCCUCUAGGGCCUUGAUGGAGUAUUGUCCCUUCACUUUCCUGAGGUGCUGAAGGAACUUCUUGAUGUGACACAAUUAUUGUUUUCUUCUUUUGGAGAUAGUGAUUCCAUAGCAUAGAAAUGUUAAGGAUUUGAAGUCUUCACUUUGUCAUGCUGUCCGUCACCUCCCUGGCCACUGGUAGAAGUGCAUGAAAACUAUGGCAGCUUGCAGGCUGGGUCAUAGGGAGUGGAAGGGGUGCACCCUGAGAAAAAUUUGCAUCUUCACAUUAACCGGGGCGGUGGGAAAUGACCUCGGCUUUACGCGCUGAAUGUACAGAGGAACCACUGUCGACACACCCCAAACUUUGACUAAUGCACUGACCCAGGCAGAGGUCAACAGAGCCAAUCACAGUCAUCCCUGUCGCUGAGGAGAAGCCGCUCUCCGGCCCUCUGAAACAAAAUCAAAGGGAAACCUGAGCCUGUCUGCCUCUCACCUCUCUACAUUCACUCCCCCUCUCUGUAAAUAAAUGCGUCCUGUCGACGGUGUGAGCCAGGCUUUGGCAAGCAGGGAGCAUGCCCAAGAUUUUCAAAGUAAAAGUCUCUCAACAAUGCCUGGCUUACUGGAAUGUGUUGCAUUUUGUUUUUUCAAGAAACUUAACAAGAUCACAGUGAAAAUAAAAAGUCAACAGUGAAGUCUGACAUGCUCUUCAACAAACGGUGUUGCGAUGUAGUAAUUGAGCACUAUGGAAGCCAACUAACUCUUCAUUGUAAAUAAACGAAUUAAAGAUAACUUUAGAUAAGAAAAAAAAGAAGUGGCACACGUAGAGUAGCUAACUUGUGGUAUGUGUUGCUCAUAUUUUUGUGUUUAUUCUCCCUCCAUUAUCUUUUAUCACACUGUAAAGACAAAAAAAAGAUAUAUCUAGAAAUGUUUCUAUCCUUCUGUAACCUCUUAAUGUUCUUUUGCUGUGAUUUUAACUUGUGCAUUUGUGAAAGAAUGCUUCUCCUUCUCCUUCUGUCCAUAUGAACAAAUGAUUAUAAAUAUUAUAUAUGUGUAAGUCCGUCUGCUGCUGAAUUAAUACUACUCUAUCCUGCUGUAUUAUCUUUCUUAUCAAAUGCUUAGCCCCUCGCCUCACGCUACACCCCUGUGUUACUCUCUUAUUUUUAUGCUAAUAUUUAUAUUGCUGUUUUAUUUUCUCUUGAACACUGACAUUUCAAAUAAAACAAAAUCAUCUAAAAAAUA